AUGAAGACUGCGGGGCGGGAACCUCUGCCGCGGCGGAGUCCAAGAUGGCGGCGUGCGGUUCCGCUGUGUGAAACGAGCGCGGGGCGGCGGGUUAGUCAGUUUCGCGGAGAAGACCUCCGACGACCCGCUACAAUGAAGGGAAAAGAGCGCUCCCCAGUCAAGCCGAAACGCUCCCGUGGUGGUGAGGACUCGACUCCCCGCGGGGAGCGGAGCAAGAAGUUAGGGGGCUCUGGUGGCAGCAAUGGGAGCAGCAGUGGAAAGACCGACGGCGGCGGCGGGUCGCGGCGCAGCCUUCAUCUGGACAAGUCUAGCAGCCGAGGUGGUAGCCGCGAGUACGACACCGGUGGGGGCAGCUCCAGUAGCCGCUUGCAUAGUUACAGCUCCCCAAGCACCAAAAAUUCCUCGGGCGGGGGCGAGUCGCGCAGCAGCUCCCGGGGUGGAGGCGGGGAGUCACGUUCCUCUGGGGCCGCCUCUUCAGCUCCUGGCGGCGGGGACGGCGGGGAAUACAAGACAUUGAAGAUAAGCGAGUUGGGGUCUCAGCUGAGUGACGAAGCGGUGGAGGACGGACUGUUUCACGAGUUCAAACGCUUCGGUGAUGUAAGUGUCAAAAUCAGUCAUCUCUCGGGUUCUGGCAGCGGGGAUGAGCGAGUAGCCUUUGUGAACUUCCGGCGGCCAGAGGACGCGCGGGCGGCCAAGCAUGCCAGAGGCCGUCUAGUGCUCUAUGACCGGCCCCUGAAGAUAGAAGCUGUGUAUGUGAGCCGGCGCCGCAGCCGCUCCCCUUUAGACAAAGAUUCUUAUCCUCCAUCAGCCAGUGUUGUCGGGUCCUCUGUAGGUGGUCACCGGCACCCCCCUGGAGGAGGUGGUGGAGGCCAGAGAUCACUUUCCCCUGGUGGCGCAGCCUUGGGAUACAGAGACUACCGGUUGCAGCAGUUGGCUCUUGGCCGCCUGCCCCCUCCACCUCCGCCACCAUUGCCCCGAGACCUGGAGAGGGAGCGAGACUACUCGUUCUAUGAGAGAGUACGCCCAGCCUACAGUCUGGAGCCAAGGGUGGGAGCUGGAGCAGGUGCUGCUCCUUUCAGAGAAGUGGAUGAGAUCUCACCCGAGGAUGAUCAGCGCGCUAACCGGACGCUUUUCUUGGGCAACCUAGACAUCACUGUGACAGAGAGUGAUCUAAGAAGGGCUUUUGACCGUUUCGGAGUCAUCACAGAAGUAGAUAUCAAGAGGCCUUCUCGGGGCCAGACCAGUACCUAUGGCUUUCUCAAAUUUGAGAACCUAGACAUGUCUCACCGGGCCAAACUAGCAAUGUCUGGCAAAAUUAUAAUUCGGAAUCCUAUAAAAAUUGGUUAUGGCAAAGCUACACCCACCACCCGCCUCUGGGUAGGUGGCCUGGGUCCUUGGGUGCCUCUUGCUGCCCUGGCACGGGAGUUUGACCGAUUUGGCACCAUACGCACCAUUGACUACCGCAAAGGUGAUAGUUGGGCGUAUAUCCAGUACGAAAGCCUGGAUGCAGCUCAUGCUGCCUGGACCCAUAUGCGGGGCUUCCCACUUGGUGGCCCAGAUCGUCGCCUUAGAGUAGACUUUGCAGACACAGAACAUCGUUACCAGCAGCAAUAUCUGCAGCCUCUGCCCUUAACUCAUUAUGAACUGGUAACAGAUGCUUUUGGACACCGGGCACCUGACCCUUUGAGGGGUGCUCGGGACAGGACACCACCGUUACUAUACAGAGAUCGUGAUAGGGACCUUUAUCCUGACUCCGAUUGGGUGCCACCGCUGCCCCCAGUUCGUGAACGCAGCACUCGGACUGCAGCUACUGCUGUGCCUGCUUAUGAGCCACUGGAUAGCUUGGAUCGCAGGCGGGAUGGCUGGUCCUUGGACCGGGACAGAGGUGAUCGAGAUCUGCCCAGCAGCAGAGACCAACCUAGGAAGCGAAGGCUGCCUGAGGAGAGCGGGGGACGGCAUCUGGAUAGGUCCCCGGAGAGUGACCGUCCACGAAAACGUCAUUGUGCACCUUCUCCUGACCGCAGUCCAGAAUUGAGCAGUAGCCGGGAUCGCUACAACAGUGACAAUGAUCGAUCUUCCCGUCUUCUCUUGGAAAGGCCCUCUCCAAUCAGAGACCGACGAGGUAGUUUGGAGAAGAGCCAGGGUGACAAGCGAGACCGUAAAAACUCUGCAUCAGCUGAACGGGAUAGGAAGCACCGGACAGCUGCUUCCACUGAGGGAAAAAGCCCUCUGAAAAAAGAAGACCGGUCUGAUGGGAGUGCACCCAGCACCAGCACUGCUUCAUCGAAGCUGAAGUCCCCUUCCCAGAAACAGGAUGGUGGGACAGCCCCUGCAGCAGCAGCCUCUCCCAAACUCUGUUUGGCCUGGCAGGGCAUGCUUCUGUUGAAGAACAGCAACUUUCCUUCCAACAUGCAUCUGUUGCAGGGUGACCUCCAGGUGGCUAGUAGUCUUCUUGUGGAGGGCUCAACUGGAGGCAAAGUGGCCCAGCUCAAAAUCACUCAGCGUCUUCGUUUGGACCAGCCCAAGUUGGAUGAAGUAACUCGACGCAUCAAAGUGGCAGGGCCCAAUGGUUAUGCUAUUCUUCUGGCUGUGCCUGGAAGUUCUGAUAGCAGGUCCUCCUCUUCUUCGGCCACCUCAGACACUGCCACCUCUACUCAGAGGCCACUUAGGAACCUCGUGUCCUAUUUAAAGCAAAAGCAGGCCGCCGGGGUGAUCAGCCUCCCUGUGGGGGGCAACAAAGACAAGGAAAACACCGGAGUCCUUCAUGCCUUCCCACCCUGUGAGUUCUCCCAGCAGUUCCUGGAUUCCCCUGCCAAGGCACUGGCCAAAUCUGAAGAAGAUUACCUGGUCAUGAUCAUUGUCCGUGCAAAACUGGUGAACAACGGAUGAAGAUACGGAAUUCAAAGCUCUAAUGGACCUUUUUGAAGAGAAGUUGUGGCUUAUGUGGAGUUUACAUGGGCCUCUUGAUGGAAGAAAGCUAAUCUGUUUAGUAUUUGUGCAUUUUACUAAAAUGGCAGCUUAAAGUUGUGUAUCUGCUAUUGUGAUGCCAAUGCCGGUGUUUUAAGUGGAAAAAAAAUGACCUUGCUUUGUGCUGUGUACACAAGAUUUCUGGAAAAGAAAAACCCUUUUUAUGGCUCACACAGCUUAAAAGUAGCUGUCACUCAAACGUGCGCUCACAGUUGAGCUGCUUUUGUUUUAUUCUAAAUAAAUUGUUUCUUUUGAGGAAAA